CUUUUGACCACAGGUAUUGGAAAUACAAUGCGGAUAUUCAGAUUCACAAACCCAUGGUCCUUGAUCUGUCCAAUCAAAACUGCCAAAGUACCACCUAAACUAGCUGAGCUGAAUCCCUUGUUUGGAAUUGAGACUUGUUUGCCAUCUUGCCUAUAUCAAAGAAAGGACACACACGUUAAUUCUUUGGAGAUAAUUGAAAGUUUUGUGACCUUGCUCGACUCUGCUAUAAAGAUGCAAAUCAAUAUCAAGGACGUGGUCAAAAAUGAUGUACAAAACAUUGAGGUCAACUCUAUGGAAUAUCGUGAGAAACCGACAACGUCAGUAACUACUUCAACAACGACCGAUCGUAAAACUGUCACCUCCGCGCACAGUGAUCAGAUAUGCGGAACAAAAAAUCAACAUGGCAUUGUACCAAGUUCUCGUCAACUACGUCCAACAUACUCGGAUGUUUUGCUUGGGAUUUCCUUCCCUAAAACAAGCAGUGAUGUUGCAUGCGAUACUUCAAACCAAGCCUUGUACCUUGAGAAACCUGCAACCAAGUGUACCCAUGGAGCACGUGUCAUGGCAGAUAGUAAGAUCGGAUACGCUCAUUACUCAGCACAGAGAUUUGACAACUCGAAUAUGAAAAGGAGCGAAACCACAAGUGGGGUUUUCUCAUCGUCAGAAUUGAAAAGAAAAGAAAGAAUAACUGGUCCCGUGACGCCUGCGUAUACCACUGAAAACUACACAUCACGGAGUAAUACAUCACAUAUAUUCACAACGGUUAUGCGUCAGGCUUCUGUCAAACCCAAAAUGAUUAUGGUCACAGGUCCACGCAACGACAAAUUACUUGGUUUAAAUAGAUAUCCUCAAUCCAAAUGUGAUCGAAGUACUAAACUGACACCCAAUCCUAGCAUAGUACCCAAACGUCAACCAUAUUCCUCCAGAGGGUCUUUACCAUCAUUAGCAAUGGCGCCUGUUUCUAAUCAUAAGAUGUUGGACUCUAACAAAUUGUUAAGCAACCUGAAUGAGAACAUGCAGACAAGAAAUCCACACGCCUGUAGCCUUCAAAGUAGUUUAUUACACCAGCAGGACAACAGGGAGAGGAGACAGUACAUACCAGGGUACGAGUCCCUUCUCUCCCUCACAGCUCUUACCCAGAAGAUAAAGAGCGAAACGGAGCGUGAGCAUGAAAGCAUUUUCCCGAGGAUCAUCCCAAGAGUUGAGCAACCUAUGACACCAAGCGAAAACUCUGACGGCUUAAAUGCAUCAGCUCAGGAAGAAGACAAUAUGACCAAAAUUAAAGAGAAUGAUGUCAACAACAACCACUCUAAAACUAUAGCUAUGUAUGAACCAAAGUCUUCGUUAAUCAACUAUGCAAUUAAAUCACGAUCUCCAGUGUGUAUACCCAAAUCCAGAAAGAAGAUCAUUCUGUCCAAAAUCACAGAUGAGAGUAAACUCCGUUCAACACAACAAGACCCCGGAAGUCCCCCUAAUAAUGCAUUCCAACGGGUGAAUCUACCUUACCAACCUGCCAACACAUCAGAAUCUUCCAUUUGCAUUGAAUCUGAUCAAUUAGAUGAACUUACGGACGCUGAAAGUAAUGAUGAUUCUGAUGAUAACGCUGCACCCUAUGCAAUUCAGACAGAGCCAAUUAGCUCAGAGAAUGAGCAAAGUUGUGAUUCCAACGAUAACACACCGAGGAAGUCUCAGAAAAGAAAGAUCCCAAGAAAGCCGGCAAAUCCACUAAAAAGUCCGCCGAAGUGGGAUCCAUCGUUCAGAGGUGUCACAAUGCAAAUCAAAACAAAGUUGAAGCCAGAUGGGUCACACUUGAGUAUAUCCUGCUAUUUUAAUUGUAGGAAAAUUCAAAGUAAAUGGAGACGACACCGUAGAUACAGCCACCAGCCCCAACGCUGCAGCCAGUCCACGUCCGGGACGACGGAAUGGGGACCUUCUGACCCAGAAGAGUACGCCAAUUCGAGCAAAAGAGAAAACCGGUUGUGUUUCUACUACUCCAGCACCACUGGUAAGCAAUGUGCAUCUUGUAGUGCCAGAAAGACACCUCUAUGGCGUGAUGCUGAAGAUGGGACGCCAUUAUGCAACGCAUGUGGGAUACGAUACAAGAAGUAUCGAGUCCGAUGUGUUCAUUGUUGGCACAUUCCAAAGAAGGAUAGUAAGGCCUAUCCGGAUUGCCCUAACUGUGGUUGCCAACUGAGAUACACACUCGUCAGGAGAUUCGAUCCAUUACUGCCACUAAAAUCUAGUGGAUGAAAAAUUCCAUUCGGAAGAAAAAAUUACGCUUGACGCAAUGCGUAGAUCAGUUUUAGACGUGUUCAGGUGCAUAGGGCACGCGAGGGCCGCUGCAUAUCAAAGUAGAUGAACCGUUAGAAAAUUUCAGCACAUUUUCUGAAGUCAUUUUUGUUACAUCAACGAAACAAGAUCACGGUAUUAAAACCUGAGCUUUCUGAGAGAUUUCUGAUCAUAGUGAUGAUCUACACGUAGUACUCUACGCGUACAACUAUAAAAUUUAUGUAUGGUUGCUGAAACAAAGGAUUACCAGAUGUGAUCAUAUCAUUUCCAGUGAAGUUCAUCCAAGUUGUUAUUCUAGGGACCACUCGUAUACGACAACGUAUGUUCACGUAAUGUCACAAUCGAGGAAAAUAUUCAACCAGUUGUGAGUGUAAACUCACUUAAAUCGUUAUAAUUUUGCAUGGGUUGUAACAACAUAUUUCAUAAUCAAGAAGUUUAAUAAGAAUUAACUGAGCUCCAGUUAGAUCUAUUCUGAUUUAAUUAAUCAUGUAUGAGUCUGAAAUAAGAGUUAUUUCUGACUGAAAUUGAGCAUUUUAUUAUAAUUUUUAUGCUCUAUAUGUACACACACAGGCAAUGUUUUCUCAUUUUUGUUACACUUUUAUUGUAACAGUUUUGCCUAAUUGAUUUGUUUUGUUCUUUUUAUUUCAACGACUAACAAGCUAUGUUUUGUUUUGUGUAGUUCUUAGUAUUUUGUUAAGUUCAUCUUAUACUACGUCGGGUAGACGUAUAUCAAAAGUAGACUCUCCACUUUUAGUUGUAAGUUAAGUUUAUAAUGACAAUGAACGUUCAUUUACACAGUUACCAUCUAUUGUGUAGCUCUCUAAUGAAAGGUGCGUUUUAGUUGUAAAUUUCACAUUUUCCAACGAGAAAGUACACAAUCUUGUAUACGAAGCACACGUCCUCUUAGAAAUUGUAACACUUGUACAAGAAAUUGUCCAAUAAACUGUGGACCCCCCCCCCUUACCUAUUUAACCAGAACAACACAGUUGUUGUUGAAGGGGAGUCUCACAAAGGCUUGUAGCUAGACUGACAAAAAAAUUAACUGAGACAUCUCCACAUUCUAU